AUAAAAUCCAGGAAGCUGCGUACUGUAUUGCAAAUCAAUUUCAAAGCAGGGCAAAAGCAAGGGAGUUGUUACGACUUUUCUUCUCAGGAAAAAAAAAACAUAAAGGGGGCUAAGACUUCAGACUCGUUCAUAUUCAAUUGCUCAUCUUCUAAUCAGCUGCUGAUCAAGAAUCGCGUUUUUCUGUGAACUUUGAUAACGAAGUAAUGGGAGACCACGUGGUGCUGUCCAAUGACCGGCUCAUUACUCCUGAAUCAGUUAAAAUACUGCAAAGCUCCGAGGCUCCAGGACCUUCAGGCAGCAGUUCUUGCUCUCACAAGGAUGAUCCAUCUGCAUUGGCUAUUGAUAUUAUGGAUGAUGAAGUAGGGGGUGCAGGUGAAGAAGAGCCAUUACUUCAGACUGUGGAAUGCCGCAUUUGCCAGGACGAAGACAUUGCCAAUAAUUUGGAGGUCCCUUGUGCUUGCAGUGGCAGCUUGAAGUUUGCUCACAGGAAGUGUGUCCAAAGAUGGUGCGAUGAGAAAGGGGAUAUAAUUUGCGAGAUUUGUCAUCAGCCUUACCAACCCGGCUAUACUGCUCCUCCGCGUCCAUCUGAAGAUACUUCUAUUGAUAUUGGUUCGGCCUGGACUAUUGCUGGAAAUCAGCUCAACUUACAUGACCCCAGACUUUUGGCGAUGGUUGCAGCAGAGAGACAUCUUCUUGAGGCUGACUAUGAUGACUAUUCUGAUUCAAGUGCUAGUGGAGCUGCAUUUUGUCGCUCAGUUACUUUCCUUUUAAUGGCUCUUCUACUUCUGAAGCACGCUCUGAGCAUUGGAAACGGUGAUGGAGAUGAUGAUGAUGUUUCUGCUAUUUUCUCCCUUUUCUUGCUUCGAGCAGCUGCUUUUCUUAUUCCGUGCUACAUUAUGGCUUGGUUCAUCAGUAUAUUACAGCGACGAAGGCAAAGACAGGAGGCUGCAGCGCUGGCAGCAGCGGAAGUUGCGUUCAUGCUGCAGGCCGGGCAGCACAGAGGCUUACACGUCGCAAUAGCACCACGACCUGCACCAGCCCCGGGGGCUUCAGUGACCACAGCAGAGGUGCCAACUAUUCAUACCGAGCAAGUAUAAAUGUUCCUUUGCUGCCUCGUUACGCCUUUUAUGCACCGGGAUCGUAGUGUUAAUAACCAGAAGGCCGACCGUUUCGUCGUCAACUUUGAUGCUCAGGUGACUCCUUGCUGCAGAGGAUUGGCUGGUUGAGCGUUGUAUUAGAACAAAAAAAAAUCAUUUUUUUCUUCUUUUAAUUUCAGAAGGCCAAUACUUGGCAAUUGGCAUUCAGCUAUCAUGAGAACUUUUAUGUUCAACUCCAUUUCUACUAACUGUCUAUGUAUAAGCAAAAUGGUAUGUGACCCUUGGUGGUUUUUUGUAAUUGAAUUUCACUUUGGACCAGUUUUA